AUGAUAAUCCAAUUAGUUAUUCUUUAAGUUGUGAAAACGUAAAUAUAAGAAUGGGAUAACUAUUAUAAAUCUUUUGUUAAUAAUAAUAUGAGUGAAUUGGAAUGUAUAUUAAUCAUUCUUAAAUAGCUUGGUUUAUUGCAGGAGCACGUACUCAAAAUUAUAUAACAGUUUGUUCUGAAUAAUAAAUCCUUGGAGGAUAUUAUAUAUUUGGAAUGGGAACAGCUGUAUAAUAAUUAUUUUAUCUCCCUCCUCAUUAUUAAAUUAGAAUUAAAUUAAAUUUCUGGAGGUAAUAGAAUAAUAAUCAAUUUAUAGAUUAGGUUGUUGGGAAAACGAAAUAUUGUAUAUAAUAAUUGAUGAAUUAGUUUAGAAAUAUUAUUUUGGUUGUUCGUAAGGUACCAUUUAAUAUGGAUACAGUUACAAAAAUUUUUAAUCUCCAAUUGAAAUUAUAAUUCCACAUAAAUCGGAAACCUUAGUUAUUCUUCUUAAGACUAAUUUAGAUAAUUGGACGAAUGUAAAUCUUAACAUUUAUAUAAGGAAUUUUGGGGAUUUAAUAACUUCUAUCUCGAUAUAUUAAAAUGUGCUCCUGAUUGCCUUCUUUGCAAUGAGAAUUCAUCUGAUAUAUGUAAACCAGAAAUGGAUAUCCCAAUUAAUUGGAUUUCAAAAGUAAAUGUUGAUGGAUGGCUAUUAAGAAAUACUCUGCCUGCUUAAUCAACUAUUUGUCUUGAUAAAAUAUCUCUAAUUGGAGGAUAUCAGAUUUUA